ACAAACCCGGAACCAAGUUGACAGCUCCAGUUCCUGAGAGCAUCCUUUUAAACUUGUAGAAACAAAUGUUUUUCGGUGGUGAUGAAUAUGCCACAAAAACGAACAUUUUAUUAUUGUAAAUCGAUUUUUUUUUUGUGCAGAAUUGGGGCGAGUUAUCCCGCGGGAGAGCCAGUGGGAGAGCCAUUCAUUACAUCAAGCUAGCCACUUCCUUGUAAUGCAAGAGUCAGAGGAUUAAAUCAAACACUGCUGUCAAGAUAACGUUUAUCCUUUCAUGUCAUAGCAGUCAACUAGCUAGGUAGCUAGCCUGUCAGCAAAAUGAGGGUACGUUCGUCAGUUUUUGCCUCGUUUUGUCUCAUACUCGAAGUAUUGAGCGUCGCCUUGUUUCUUAGGGGAUUUUUCCCAGUCCCUGUCAAAUCAUCUUUUUCAUCGAAAAGCAAGCUGUCAGAUCUUCCGGCUGAACCAUUCACAGGGAGCUCCCCAAACUUGUCCAAGGUCCCAGACCCCCUUUUUAAGAGAGUGGUGAUAGUGUUGAUUGAUGCGCUCAGGGAGGACUUUGUGUUUGGUCCCAAUGGGAGAAAGUACAUGCCAUACACAAGGCACCUAGUGGAGAGGGGCUCCACACACAGCUUUGUGGCCAAGGCAAGACCUCCUACAGUGACAAUGCCCAGAAUCAAGGCCCUGACCACAGGCAGUAUCCCAGGUUUCAUCGACGUGGUGAUGAACCUGAACUCCCCCGCACUGCUGGAGGACAACCUCAUCUGGCAGGCCAAGACGUCGGGCAAGCGGAUGCUGUUCUAUGGGGACGACACCUGGGUGAAGCUCUUUCCCAAGCACUUCAUGGAGUAUGACGGCACCACCUCUUUCUUUGUGUCCGACUACACUGAGGUUGACAACAACGUGACUCGUCACCUGGAUAGCACGCUGAAAAGAGACGACUGGGACAUUCUGAUCCUGCACUACUUGGGCCUGGACCACAUCGGACACAUCAGUGGACCCCACAGCUCCCUCAUCCAGCCCAAACUAAUGGAGAUGGAUGACAUCCUCAAGAAGAUUCAUGGCUCCCUCAUCUUAAAGGAGACAGAGGGUGCACUACCCUACCUGCUGGUGCUGUGUGGUGACCACGGGAUGUCCGAGACGGGCAGCCACGGGGGCUCGUCUGUGCAUGAGGUCAACACCCCCCUGGUGCUCAUCAGCCCUGCCUUCAAGAGGAAAGUGGGGAUGGAGAAGCCGCCAACAGUAGAGCAGGUGGACCUGACCCCAACCCUGGCCCUUGGUCUGGGCUUGCCCAUCUCCCAGAACAGCGUGGGCCGACUCAUCCAGCCCGUGGUGGAGGAAGCCUCGCUCAGGGACCAGCUACGCUUCCUGCACCUCAACGGCCACCAGCUGAGCUGCCUGCUGAAGGACAGCAUGUCAGCCUAUGAGAAAGAGGAGGGCUACGAGCAGUUCCGCGUGGCGGAGAAGUCCCAUGGUAACUGGUUGAAGCUGGUGGUGGAGGGCAACACGUCAGAGGUGCUGAACAACAUGGGGAAGAAGGUGCUCAAGCAGUACCUGGAGGCCCUCAGGGCCAUGAGCGCGGCCCUCAGCAAGCAGAUGGGCAAAUAUGACAUGUAUUCCAUGGUGGUGGGCGUGGUCCUCGUCUUCCAGUUCCUUCUCCUCCUGCUGCUGGCCAUGCCCGAGGCACUGAGCGGCGCGUCAGAGGUGGAUCUCCCUGUGUCCUCGGCUCUGCUUUCGCUGCCCUUCUACCUGCUGUGCCUGCUCCUCUUCUCCGUGCACAUGCUGGUGUGCACGUCGGCUGAGAGCGCCUGCUACUUCUGCAGCCUCCCCUGGGGCCUGGUGUUCGGGGCAGUGGCCCUCUCCUCUGCCCUGCUCUGCAUUCUGGUAUCCAUGGCAGCCAGGAAGGGAGCAAAGCCCCCUGGUAAGUCUCCAUCCCGUGCCAGCGGUGGUGGGUGGUUGCUGUCGGAACUUGACAUUCUGCUCCUGGCCGGCACAGCUGGCCACACCCUUAGCCUGUCAGCCAGCAGCUUCGUGGAGGAGGAGCACCAGGUCUGGUACUUCCUGCUCAACACCCUCUGUCUGGUCGUCUUCCAGGACGUCUGUCGCAAGUACUUCCGGGAGCGCAGUGCCAACAUUGGCGUCAUAGGGUGUUCGGAGGACGAAGACUGCCUCCCUCCUUCCAAAGAGGGGUAUGCGGUGGCCUCACCGUUGACCGAUUUGGGGGUGACAGGCGCAGAUUCAGAGAGGUGGCUGGCCCUGGCAACACCGCUGCUUACCCUGGCGUGUUGCCGUCUGCUGCGCUCGCUCAACCAGACCGGGGUGCAGUGGGUUCAUCUGCCUGACCUGGGACACUGGCUCAACAGCUCAGAACACAAGACGGUGCUGUCCUUGUUGGCCGCCAUGUCAUUGGCUCUUAUCUACUUCCUGGUCCAGCGGCGAUGUUCCUGGGUCUCCAAGAUUGCCCUGGCCCUCGGCCUUCUGGGUGUCUACAGCUACCGGGCGGCUGUGGGCAACGUUGUGUUACCAUGGCAACAUUCCGGUGGAAACAUGUCCAAGGGGACGAUGAAGGCACGCUUCGUGUACGUCUUCAUCCUGGGCAUCUUCUUCACGGGCUCCAAGGACCUGCUGAGGUCCCAGGUCAUCACAGCUGACGCCCGGCUGAAGAGCAGGGGAUUGUGGGAAAUCUACAGUGGUGUGGUUCUGUUGGUGGCCCUGUUGUUCCGGGCACACAACCUGCCGGUGCUAUGCUGCUGCCUGCUGGUCCAGUCCCUGAUGGCCCAGUUCAUCUGGAAGAAGCUCCACUACGACGCUGCCCAGACCACCAUCAUGCACUACUGGUUCGGACAGGCCUUCUUCUACUUCCAGGGGAACUCCAACAGCAUAGCCACUGUGGACAUCUCGGUUGGCUUUGUGGGACUGGAGAGCUACGUAGAAGCCCCGGCUGUCUUCCUCACCGCCCUCAGCACAUACGCCGGGCCCCUGCUCUGGGCUUCCCACCUCAUCUGCUACCUCAGCUCCGAAAACAGGAGCUCAGUGGCGGUCGGCCAUGGCUGCUACUGCUUGGCCCUGCUGCGCUCCGUGCCGGCGGCAGCCUACGUGGUGCUGGUCACGGCUCUGCGCUACCACCUCUUCAUCUGGAGCGUCUUCUCGCCCAAGCUGCUGUAUGAGUCCAUGCACACACUGCUCACCGCCGCAAUUUGCCUCUUCUUCACCACCAUGGAGCAGAGCCGCAGCUCCAGCAGGCCCUAGGGUCCCCACGUCUCCGAGGACUCUCAGCUUCCAGGAAGAGGGGUUAAGGAUAAGGGCCAAAGGGCAAAUACUAUGAUAAUGGGUGGUCCUGAUACUGUCGUCGUUGACUUCUGGAUGCCCUACUACACCCCGGAGGUAUGAAUGUAGGUGUGAAUGUUCUGUCCCACUGCUCUGGAGUUCUAGGACAGCGGCAUUCACCUUUUGGAAAGCAAUAUAUUUUCUCUAUAGUAUCAAACAAAACUUAUUUAGUAAGAUUAUUAUUUUGAUGUGUUGGUUGGUUCUAUUGAAGUCUGUUGUGGUGUUUAUUGAGCAGAGUUGAACAUGAAAGGUAAACGAAUGAAUUAUUUAAUUUGAAUGUGUCGAAAGCGCAAUCGUGAAGGUAUACUGUAAGUCCCUUGAAAUUGGAUUUGUAGGUUUUCAUUUUUUUCUGUUAUUAUUUGUUUUGUUUCCGUAGACGGGUAAGUGCUUCUAUUGACCACCGUUUCUCUGUAGUGCUUUAUGCCAGUUGCAUUAUACUGUAUUUCCUCCAUGCACUUUAAUCAAUACAGUGACCACAUUAUCAGCACAGGGACUUUGCCGAUAUGCUUUCCAACCGGUCUGUAUUUUCCAUCUCUUCAAUGAACUAACUGAGUUGAAUGGAUUCCCUUUGUAGUUGAUAUAGAUCUGCUCCAAGUUAAUAACAAGCCAUACUUUCCUCCCACUUUACUUUCAGGUAUAUAUGUAUAUAUCUUCUUCUUCUUUUUUACUCUCGGGAAUAUAUUGAAAUUCAGUAAAAGCUCUGUUAAUACAGUGGAUUUUUACUAAUAUUCAGAUGAGAAUUGAUUCUGGGUGAAUGCCGUUAAUCAAAGAGAAUUUAGAUUUAGCCGCUGUGUGGGGAUAAAUGUUCAUUGUUGUUGGGUAAGGUGAUAUACAUUUUCCAUCUAAAAGUGGUUAUCUUUUGAUAAAUAAAUUGUGUCCGAGGCAAUAUUGCACUUAUA